AUUAAUAAUUUUUUCGGCUAAAUUUGUCUUCCAUUCCAUUUCUUAGAUCUUCAAAAACGAAUUGGGUAAUGCUGUGAGUUUAUUUCUUAUUAACUUUUUCAGAAGCGAACACUAUGUAUGGUUCAAUUUGAUGGGCACGGUCGUAUUGAAAUUGGUCGAGAAAGAGGUAAAAAUGUGUUUUGUUCUUUAAAUACUACUUUAACAUACUUAUCUUUUUCUUUUACCAUUUUAAUAAUGUUAUGCCCCGCAUCAAAAUGAUUUCUAAUUAUUUAUUGUUAAAUUAAAUCAUCGAGAUCUUCAUAAUCAUCAACACUGAAUUUAACCAGAGCUUGGCGUGGUCGAUGACGUCGUAGUUGAAUCUGUGGUGCUUGUAACAGUAGUUGAGUCGGAAGUGCUUGUGACAGUAGUUGAAUCUGUCGUGCUGGUUACAGUACUUGAAUCGGUGGUGCUGCUGGCCGUAGUAGUUGAAUCUUAUUUUGGUAAAUAUUUUAAAAAAUGUAUAGUGAUCUUAGAAUUACGAAUGUGGAUUCAUACUAAGUACUAACCUGAUGUGGAAGUUGGCGUCGAUCCUGUGGUUGUAGUCGCCGAUGUAGUGGUGGAGGCCGGAGUGGUGGAGGAGGCGGUGGUUGAAGCGGCAGUAGUACUGGACGCAGCAGCGGUAUUAGAUCCUGGACAAACAACAACUCCGGCUGGAAGACAAUUUGCGCCUUUCAAAGUGAAUAUCGUGUACCUGGUGACGAGGACGGCCGGAGUCGGUUGCGGUCGGAAAAUGCCACUGAAAAUGUUGGAGAGAAGAGAAGAAAAGGCGUAAAAAGCGCCGAAAAGCGGAUCUGCUACCCUGUAAACUGGCUGAUCUGACGGUUUAUCGAGCGACGACUGAAUACUGAAUGGGGAAAUGAACUGCGGAUUGGACUGGUAGGGGCGGAUGGCCAUUCCAUUACGGAAAGAUAAGAUAUUUAUGCUUACUGGAUGACUUGAGUGGGUUUCAGCGGCUGGUACUGUUGGUGGAUGUCAUCCUGGCUGACGAAGACAUGGUCGGCAUAUAAUGGAAGAUUCCAGUACUGUCUCUUCCGGCGACACACCGUUGUGGCGGAAGGUGCUUCUAGUUUCGCGCAGUCAAACCUCUUACUAAAAAAAAAUUAUCAAUCAAAUUUUAAACAGUUGCUGUGGUGGUGACAACGGUGGUAACGGUAGCGGCUGCCCGAUAUUCGGGCAAUUGAUGAAUGGCGUGAUUGUUCCAUAACGGUGAUUCUUCGCGGACGACGGCAGCCUGUACGGAAGCGAUGAUCAGUACGAACAGAAAAAUUGUUUAUGCCACGCCGUAUCAAAAAUUGAUCUUCUCCGUGAAAAAUGGAUGUGACGGAAAUGGCCGAAAUGGACACCGACGGAAGCCCGAUUUUAGAUUUUCAACAUUUACAGCAAUUGAUGGAAGAUGUCUUCAUGCAGUGCAGUAACCAGUCACGCUGUACCGCUUCCUCCUUCGUUGCAAACGGCACCUCCGAUUUAAAAGAAGCCAGUUUAGAUUUGGACUCUCGUGAUUUUAAUAUGCAACACAUCAUUUCUAUUGUGGUGCCCAUCAUAUUCGGAAUAAUUGCCAUAGUAGGGUUUUUUGGCAAUGCCCUAGUUGUGGUGGUGGUCAUUGCCAAUUCGCAGAUGCGCAGCACGACCAACCUGCUCAUCAUCAAUUUAGCAUUGGCCGAUCUUUUAUUUAUCGUGUUUUGCGUUCCCUUCACUGCUUCGGAUUACGCCUUACCAUUUUGGCCGUAUGGCGACGUUUGGUGCAAAAUUGUCCAAUAUCUAGUCAUCGUAACAGCCUACGCUAGUGUCUACACUCUAGUCCUCAUGUCGCUUGAUCGCUACUUGGCAGUCGUGCACCCGUUCACUUCCAAAUCAAUUCGAACGAAGACCAACACUUAUUGGGCCAUCGCCGUCAUUUGGGUUGUUAUUUGUUUGGCCUGUGUUCCGCUACUGAUGGCUCACGGCCAAGUGAUGUACGUAUUUUCAGGCGAAGAGUAUUCAGUGUGCCAAUUUCUCCAAGAGGAAGGAUGGAGUCUGCAUAUGUUCCAAAUCACCUUUUUUGCAACUUCUUACGUCAUACCACUAUUGCUUAUUUGCGGAUUGUACAUGGGCAUGCUGACGCGCUUGUGGCGGAAGGAUGCACCAGUCGGCCGGGUCUCGGCUGAAAUCCAGCGUGGGAAAAAACUACGUGUUACUCGUAUGGUUUGCACGGUAGUUGGCAGUUUUGCCGUCUGUUGGUUUCCCAUUCAACUCUUUCUCGUUUUGAAAAGUCUAGCCUUGUUUGAAAUGACCGCGCUCACGGUCAUGAUACAAAUUACUUCGCACAUACUAGCGUACAUGAACUCGUGUGUAAAUCCUUUUCUUUAUGCGUUUAUUUCGGAUAACUUUCUGAAAGCGUUCCGUAAAUUUGUGUAUUGUCCCAGCAGGUAAGAAUUCCACCGAAAUUUGUAUUCAUCACUCGUAUAUUCACCGAAAAUGUUAUUGCUUGAUAAAAAAUUUUAUU